CUAAUUUGCGAAGUUGCAAUGAACUGCGUCACUGCUCCCAAGGCGAAUUGGCGAUGUUCGCCGGCGAUUUCCUUCUACUCCGAUUCCACUAAAUACUACAAUCGGAGCAGCAUCCGCUUCUAUCCCGGAAACCGGAAGUUCAGCAGAAUCAGAUGCGACUUGAAAGAUACCGGCAGCAGCAGCAGCAACAGCAACAAUCAGCCGGAAACAAGUACUGGAAUCCAGUUAUAUAGAGAUAUUGAGAGAUUACUUACAGAGACAGUGAAGCAAUCUCAAGAUUGGGGAAGCUCACAGGACUGGGAUGAAAUUGAGGGAGCAUGGGUAUUGCAACCAAAAACCUCAAAGCCGAAGUUAGUCGUACAUUUUGUUGGAGGUGUUUUUGUAGGGGCUGCUCCGCAGCUUUCUUACCGCCUGUUCCUUGAGCGGCUCAGACAGAAGGAUGUCUUGGUGAUUGCUACACCUUAUGCUAGUGGAUUUGACCAUUUCUACAUUGCAGAUGAAGUGCAGUUUAAGUUUGAUAGGUGCCUUAGAUUUCUCCAAGAAAGAGUACAAGACCUUCCUGUAUUUGGCAUUGGGCACUCUUUAGGAUCUGUAAUUCACCUUUUGAUUGGAGCUAGAUAUGCUGUGAAAAGAAACGGGAAUGUAUUGAUGGCUUUCAACAACAAGGAUGCCAGCCUUGCAGUGCCGUUGUUCUCGUCUGUUCUUGUUCCAAUGAUGCAAAACUUUGGACCAGUUUUAUCACAGAUCGCAUCAUCACCAACCAUUCGUCUUGGGGCGGAGAUGACUAUGAAGCAAAUAGAGAACCUUAGCCCCUCAAUUAUGAAGCAGGUUUUUCCACUGGUUGAGCAACUGACUCCUCUAUACACGGACUUGAUUAAUGGAAAAGAAAAUUUCACUCCAAGGCCCGAAGAAACUCAAAGACUGAUAAGGUCCUACUACGGGAUUUCGAGGAAUCUCUUAGUAAAGUUCAAAGAUGAUACAAUUGAUGAAACUUCAACACUAGCUCAGGUGCUCAGCUCAGGUUCUGCCAUCAGCUCAAUGCUGGACAUGUCUAUCCGCACUCUUCCUGGAGACCAUGCGCUUCCUCUACAGCAGGCUCUACCAAAUGUUCCUCCAGGAAUGACGGACGCUGUUAACAGGAGCAGCGAGCUAUUGGCGAAUUUGACAGCAGGAACACCAUGGGAAAACGUCACGAAGGAAGUCAGCAAUACACUUGGUAAUGUAGACUCUAUAAUUCUUAACUCUGGGAAUUCAAAGGACUUGGAUAUGCUUGUGGAGACAAUAACAUCAUGGAUGUACUCUAACACAGGCCCAAGACUUUUACAGUGAUAUGCUAAAAAAAUGUAUGUAUAUGAACCCUCCUAAUAAUUUGUAAUGAUUGUAUAUACUUGAUUGACAUUUGGUCAUGCUCAUGUAUAAUGUAUACUUGGAUUUUUGGUAUAAAAAGGUCAAUUAUUUGUAACUAGUAAUGUCAAUUGUAA